AUGUCAUCAUCAUCAUCAUCAAGUGGAUAUGUAAAAUCCAACAAUAAGAAAUCAAUUUUAACCAAUUUAAGAUCCAAUUCCUUGUUUUAUUGGUUUCUUGGUUUAAUUCUCUCCCUUCCAUAUGCUUUCUAUCAUUAUGUACAAAUAUAUGAAUCAUCGUGGAUACAUUUAACGUUGGGAACGAGAUUUGGAUGGGGAUGGAUGUCAUCGGAGAAGGUUUGGAGUUUACUUCAUCAAAUGGGAGAAGAAGGAAGGUAUCAUCAUAUGAUGUAUCAAGGAGUAGCCUUGUUUAUAGUUGUGGCCUUUGUUAAAUUAUUUUGGAGAUUUGAUAAGAGAGCACUCUGGGUCAAUCUCUUGUUUGGACUUUUCGUCUUGUCGAGUUUGAUGGAAAAGAUCAUGAUUGGAGUACUUGUUCAUAGAGCAUUAUAUAUGGAGACUGCACAGGGUGAGAAGGAAUUUAAUUCGGUGCUGGAUUUUUCGAAUGAAUAUUCUUCAACUAUUACUUGGUUGAAUUUUAUUGGAAAGAGUGAUAUUUGGAUGGUCAUGAUGAUUAUUAUUGAUAUGAUUGUGAAACCUAAAUUGAUGCAAUCUAUUAAUCGUAAUAAUUAUCAAUUUUAA